CUCUUUCUUUGCCGCUAUUUGAUAUCAUCCAUCCCCCUCGCUCGACCCCAUUCGACUUCAUCAUCGCUGCGGACGAUCAUUCGUCGCCAACAUCAUAGCUUAGCGGCAUCGCAUACCCUCUUUGUCUGUAAGGCCGCUUUUGCAUCCGGCCGGGAUCACUUCGUUUCAGCUCAGCAGCUGCCCGUCAUCACAUUGUAGUCCCCUUCUCUGCUCCUCGCCUUCGCCACCAUCAUGUCGGACCACGAGCACGAGCGUGAUCAUCACGACCCGCAGGUGGCGCAGGAUAUCGAUGCAGCAAGGCAGAUGAGCCGAGCCAGGGCAGGCAGUAUCGAUCAUCGUCCAGGAAGCAUGACAUCUCCUCGCCUCAUACCCGGAUCUCAAGGCCGCCGUCCCUCGAUGCGUCAAUCUGAUGACCCAACAGCACCUCCUACCGCCCACUCUCCCCGCGACUCUCCAUCAGCCAUGCGCGCCCAAGCCGGCUCCUACAUUGGUUCUCGCUCCCCCGUUACAUCUCGUGGCUCAGCAAGCGCAAGUGCAGCGCAGCGCUUCUACAUGCAAUCACGCCGACAGCAUGGGUCCAACACAUCGGUUGACUCGGCCAGCCACUUCAUCGACCACCGUGCGCAGCCUCACUCGAUGUCCACUUCGAGCCAGCAUCCGGCGCCUAUCGCGAGGCAUGCCAGCAGGCUGGGCAGGUCAGAAGAGCAUGGAGUAGAAGAGGCAGUGCAGGAUGAGACAAUGGAUGCAAAUGUCGAUGAACUGGCGCCGAGAAGGGGAACAACAGGGGAGCGUAGUAGCGGCGGCGAUCACGCCCACACGCCACACACGAUGUCCCGUCGCCCCUCUGCCCUGGAGGACGACGUCUGCUUUCCUCUCGACGCUCGUACAUCACCACAGCAGCUCCCUCACUACCCUUCUGAAUAUCCUGAUGACUCUCGAGCGUACGAAGAGGCGCACCACGACCAUGCUGCUCAUCACCAUCACCCAGGCAACUUGCCCUGCGGCUUCCCCUGGACGUUCGACAUGCAGGCGCUAGAAGAGUAUGCCAAUGAUGAACGCGAGCAGCUUGGCUUCCAGGAUGUGGCGUCCAGCAGCGCAGCCGCGAAUGGGAUGCGCAAUCGCUCCAAGUCUGGGCGUGGGGUCAGCUUGGGAGUGGGCAAUGGUGGUGGAGGGGAUGCGAGCGGUGCAGCAUACGGCAUCUCGCCAGACUCGGAUGAUGCGACAUUCUACUCGAGGAGGCCGCGCAAGCAUAAUGCUUCCGCCAAUGCUCCGAGCGCUCCUGAUCGUCCUCCAGUGGAGGAAUCACAGAAGCAAGGUCGAUACCAACGCAAGCUCGCCCUCUUCGAGACGGGCGGCUCAGCUCCUCCACCGCAGAACAUCUUUGGCUCUCGAGCGGACGCCAAAACGCCGCUGCUCGGCGGUGGCGACAGCGAGCAUGCUGCAACCUCGACUGCUCUGCCCAGCUACAACGGCACGGGCGGGGCCGGCGAGCCGGACGGGCCUGGCAAGCUGAAUCGCUCCUACUCUCAGCCUAACAACCCCUUCCCCGGGCGCAGGGCCAAGAAGUCGACCAAGGCGCCCAGUGCCUACUCGCUUGGCGCGCCGGCGAUGGGCAUCCCCGCACCUGCCGACAAGCCAUAUCGCUUCACCUUCUACAGCAAUGCGCUGCCCUCCACGAUCCAUGCAAGACAUCUCGCUGAGCUGCCGGCGAAAGGGCAGAGCUUUUCUGAGUUGUUUGCGGGUCUGGAGCCGGGCGCGAUGGGUGGCAGUGGUGGGAACGAGGAGGAUGAGGGGGAGCAGCGUACCUCGCCUGGUGGGUCCACAGCUGCGGAGGGGCACCACGACGCUGGCAAGAACGGAGGCAGCGGCGCUGCUGCCAAGCCAGACCCAGCUCAGCCUGGUGCAUCAGCCCUGACUGCCCAGCUGGCAGCUCGAGGGAACGCUGCUUUGGGUGCCAUGCCUGGCCGCAAGGAAGGGACGACAGCGCCUCCCUCUCGCGCCCAAACCCCCGUAGCAGGAGGUCCCUCCAACCGCAGCUCAGCCAACCUUGCCGUGACCCGCACCUCGACCAUCAACGCCGGCGCCAAUCCGGCCACAGCAGCAAGCAACGGCCGCACGGUCCCUGGCGGCGGUAUUCGCAUGGAUCAAGACCCUGAGGCAAACACUUGGUGGCUCGACGUCCUCUCUCCCACGGACAGCGAGAUGAAGCUUCUCUCCCGCGUCUUUGGCAUCCACCCGUUGACCACGGAAGACAUCUUGAUGGAGGAGACGCGCGAGAAGAUUGAGCUUUUCCGCAAUUACUACCUCGUCUGUUUUAGGUCCUUCGACCAGGACCCUUACAGCCCCACGUAUCUCGAGCCGCUCAACAUGUACAUCAUCGUAUUCCGUGAGGGGACGUUGAGCUUCCACUUCAGGGCCACGCCGCACCCGCAGAACGUCAGGCGACGCAUCAAGCAGCUCAAGGACUACAUCAAUGUGACGAGCGACUGGAUCUCCUAUGCGCUCAUCGAUGACAUCACCGACGCUUUUGGUCCUCUUAUCCAGAGCAUCGAGUACGAAGUAGACUCCAUCGACGAGCUUGUCCUGAUUCUCAAGGACGUGGAGCAGAGCGACAUGUUGCGUCGAAUCGGUGCGUGCAGGAAGAAGGUCAUGGGUCUCCUUCGCCUCAUGGGCAACAAGGCCGACGUCGUCAAGGGUCUGGCGAAGCGAUGCAACGAGAAUUGGAGCGUCGCGCCCAAGAGUGACAUUGGUCUUUACCUUUCGGACAUCCAGGACCAUCUCAUCACGAUGACUCAGAACUUGAGUCACUUUGAGAAGAUUCUCUCUCGCUCCCACUCCAACUACCUAGCCCAGAUCUCGAUUGAGAUGACCGAGGCGAACAACAGGGCAAACGAUGUGCUAUCCAAGCUCACGGCGCUCGGUACGGUUAUUGUCCCGUUGAACGUUAUUACGGGUCUGUGGGGAAUGAACGUAAAUGUGCCGGGGCAGGGAGUGGAGAACCUGCAUUGGUUUGGUGGACUGGUGGCGUUCAUGGUUUCGAUUGCUGUGGCUGGGUAUUGGGUCGCGAUUCGAUACCUCAGUGCGGAUUGAGAGGAGAGAGGGGGCGACGCGCUGGGGCGAGGGGCAGAGGAGAAGGGAAGAAGGAGUGGAGACGAUCGAGGCCGUUGGCGGGGAUGGCCUGCGAUCAUGGACCCUGUUUUAUUUCAGUUGAAAGACUUCUUGCAGCGUGUACAACUUUCUCAGCGGUGCCUCAUUCAUGCGAAUUUACACAAGCAAUGACGAUGAGUACGAUAUCAACG